UGUAUAUAUUUGUCGUCUGGGUGUUUGUCGUCUCUGCGCAUUCGUCUUUUCCAGUGUAAUAAAAGUCGUCGUCUUUUCUACUAAAGGACUGUUUAUUUCUGCAUCGAACAUCAAAUCGUAAAAGAACCCCUAUGGACGAGGGAGGGAAUGCGUAACACUUCUGACUGAAUGAAGAAUUUGACACGUCAACCUUCAUGGUUUCGUAUUUUGUUCUGCACAAGUUUGGAGUAAUUCGAUCAGUUUCUAUGUGCUUGCCUCAGGACGUGUGGAUAACUAUGAUAAAAUUUCAAACUGUUCUUGUGGGGCAGAUUUCUGUAAUACUGACCAAGUGUGUGUUGAUACUAAAAUAGAAGAAGUCCCUGCAAAUAUCAGACAAUAUUACACAGGCGUGUGCUUUGCCUGUGGAAUCCUUUCUGUACUACUGAUAUGGCUACUUGUGGAUCACUUGGAAAAAUCUAAAAGACGAAUGACUCUAUCGUGGAAUCACAUUUUUGCCACCAUUAAAUUCAUCAGAAAUAAAGAACAAUUUCUUAUAAUACCGUUUACCAUUUGUUCCAGCAUGCUUCACGCCUUUUAUGUCGCCGAUUUCACGAAGUCAUACAUCGCAUGCUCCUGGAGCACCUCACGCAUCGGACUGGUCUCUGUUUUUUUCGGUGUCGCUGCCUCUUUAUCCUCUAUUAUUUCCGGUCUGCUGACCAGGCAGUUAGGAAGAAGAAUCGUUUUAAUCUGCGGUCAAAUUAUUAACAUAGUGAGUCUCGUCUUGCUUUACUUGUGGACCCCUGACGCCCAACAACCCAUUAUUUUCUACUUGGCAGGUGGAGCUUUUGGUUUUUUAUGUGGAAUAUUCCAGUCUCAAACGAAAGGAACAUUCCAAAAUUUUCAUUUAAGCUGCUAUAAAUUGUGUGAAAUUCGGCAAAGCUUUAGUUAAUGGCACAAGAAUGGAAAUCCGAAACCAAAACGCAAGUUUUAGCAAAUUAAGAAUCAUUAAGAAUUUGACUGCAAUAUCUAUAUCAUUUCUAUUGAUGUUCACUGCUUGUGAUGGUUUAAUUAUGCUCCAAACGACUAUGAAUAAAGAGGAAGGGAUAGGCACGGUCGGUCAAGCUGCCAUGUUUAUUGCUUAUGGAAUUUCGUCUUUAUUACUUUCUAGUUAUGUUAGCAAGAAACUUGGCAGUAAAUCUACUCAGCUUUUGGGAAUGAUUAUGUAUUUGCCCUACGUUGCAGCAAAUUUUUAUCCUUCGUGGAUUACUCUGCUGCCGUCAGCCGUCAUCAUCGGCGUUGGUUGCACUUUACUUUGGGGAGCUCAAUGCACAUAUUUCAAUGAAUGCUCAGUUCUCUAUAGAGACAUUACAGAUGAUUCCACUGAUUAUAUUCCAAGUCCUGUGAUCACCUAUAGAUCUGGUAAAGGAGAGAUAAAAGAACUAUCUGCAAAGGAUUUCCUGCAAGAAGCAGAAAGAAGUCUAAACUCUCAUGGAGAUUGCGAAAACUCUUUAAAAACUUCUCCAUCAUUUCAUCUGCCAUCAUACAAACGUUCUGAACCUGGAAAUGAAACAGAAUCAAAUCGACAAUGUUCGGAAAGAACUUCCAAAAAAACAACUGAAUAUGUACAAGAUUUUGAAAACUUAAAUUCCGAGACAAUCAAUAAUCAUAAAUUAUCUGAGGACAUCCAAGCUAUUGAGGGAAAAAAAAAUAAACCUUUUGCGUUGCAUACAAAAACCAAGAUGGAAAAUAAUCAUAAUCAAAAGUCGAAAUUUCUUAGUUCUGUGAAUUCUUUGUUUUUCGGCUUCCAUGGUUUGGCGUAUUGUUCUGCACAAGUUUGGAGCAAUUUAAUCAGUUUCUAUGUGCUUGCCUCAGAACAUACUGAAAACUAUCAUAAAACUUCAAAUUGUUCUUGUGGGGCAGAUUUUUGUAAUACUGACCAAGAGUGUGUCAAUUCUAAGAUAGAAGAAGUGCCCUCAGAUAUCAGACAGUAUUACACAGGUUUAUGUUUUGCUUGUGGAAUCCUAGCUGUGCUACUAAUUUGGUUAUUUGUGGAUCUCUUGGAAAAAUCUAAAAAGCAAGUAACUUUAUCGUGGAAUCAUAUCUUUGCCACCGUUAAAUUCAUCCGUAAUAAAGAACAGCUCUUUAUAAUACCCCUAACCAUUUGCACCAGCAUGGUUCAAGCGUUUUAUAUGGCUGAUUUUAUGAAGUCUUAUAUCGCAUGCUCUUGGAGUACUUCACAUAUUGGACUGGUUUCUGUCUUUUACGGCAUUACUUCCGCUUUAUCAUCUAUGAUUUCCGGUGUGUUGAUUAGACUAAUUGGAAGAAGAAUCGUUUUAAUUUGCUGCCAGAUUAUCAACAUAGUGAGUCUAGUCCUGCUUUAUUUGUGGACUCCUGAUGCACAACAAGCUAUUAUGUUCUACUUGGCCGGUGGAAUAUUUGGCUUUGUAAUUGGAAUAUUCCAUCCUCAAACGAAAGCGCUUUAUGGAGUUUUCUUCCAAGGAGAAGAAGAAACAGCCUAUUCCAGCUGCAACAUGUACAGUUCCAUAGGAUGGGCGUUACCAUUUGUCUACAAUGAAUUCUUUUGCACUUCAAUUAAACUGUACAUCAUGUUUACAAUUUCAUGUUUGGGAUUACUAGGAUAUUUACUGGCUGAAAGGAGUUUCAGCAGAAGAAAAAAACAAAAUGAAACAUUUAAAUAAAUAUCUACUGAUUAAUUU